GCCGAGUAAAGCCGAUUGGAGCCGAGCCGACAGCAACGUGCCGGGGAGAGGAGGAAUCUUGAUUUGAAUUUUAAAAAUGGCCUCGCUGUGUCACCGCGCAUGCAACAGGUGGACUUCACUGAGAGUUUCUGGUCUCCUUUUCUCUUCCAACCCAGAGGUGAAGGUGAUGCCUGCAGCAUCAUACAGCCUUCAUCCUCCGACUGGUGCAGGCGGACAUCGGUGUUUCCUCGUUCAAAAGCGCUGGAGGUUGACACAUUUUAGCUUCAGCUCCUCAGCAACAGGCUCGCCACCCAGUGAAGAAGCUGACUCGGUGCAGUUCGUAGACAACAGUCCGUUGCAAAAUACAAAGCACAACCAGGGCCGAACCGAACUGUCCACACCGGAUGACAGCUUACUACCCAUAGUAUUUGAUGAUGUCCCACUACCGUCGGUGUUUGAGGAAAUAUCUGACGAGGAAGCUUUACACAUUGAGGCGAGCCCACCACUCCCUCCGACCUCUUUCACGCUUCGUGACUACGUGGACAGGUCCGAGACUCUGACCAAGCUGGUGCUUCUGGGUGUCGACCUGUCCAAACUACAAAAGCGACCAAAUGUGGCCAAUAUGCUGUUGCGACUGGAUUUUGACCGAGACGUAAAAGAUCGACUUCUGUUCCUGAAGGAUGUAGGUGUAGAAGAAGAAUUGCUCGGGGCAUUCCUCACAAGGAAUCCCUUCAUCCUCACUGAAGACUUGGAGAAUUUACAGAAGAGGGUACAAUAUCUGCAAUCGAAGAAAUUCAGCACAGCAGCCAUUUCACGGAUGGUGUCAGGAGCUCCGUAUUUGUUAAAUUUCAGCGUGGAAAGACUGGACAACAGGUUGGGAUUCUACCAGGAAGAACUGGGACUAAGUACGCAGAAGACUCGAGAUCUGGUCAUUCGACUCCCUAAAUUGCUGACUGGUAGCUUGGAGCCAGUCAAGGAAAAUCUUAGAGUUUGUCGGAUUGAGUUGGGCUUUCGUGAGAAUGAAAUCCAGCAAAUGAUCACGUGUGUCCCUAAGCUACUCCUUGCCAGCAAGAGUAAAGUGACUAGAUUGUUCGAUUACCUGCACAAUACAAUGGGCAUUCCUCACCAUCUGAUGACAAAGUUUCCUCAGGCUUUCAAUGCAAAGUUUUUGAGGAUAAAAGAUCGACACCUGUUUCUCCAGCACGUGGGCCGGGCCCAGUAUGACCCAUCUCAGCCCAACUACAUUCCCCUGGAUAAACUGGUGGCAACGCCCGACGAUGUAUUUUGUGUGACGUUAGCAAAAGCCACGUUGUCAGACUUUGAGACGUUCCAAAAAACGCUCUAAAUUACUUUGCGUGGCUUCGUGGACUGGGCGGCACGGUGGCGCGGCAGGUGGAGUUGCUGCCUCACAGCGUCAGUGACCCGGGUUCGAUCCUGACAGGGGGUGCUGCCUGUGCAAGGUUUGUAUGUUCUGGUGACCG